UCCCGACGAUUAAUUUAUCUCAGCAUUGCUCGAUCACAGAUUAGAAAUUCGCCUGGUAUGAUGGGGCUAACUCUCUGCCGGGUAUAAAAUAGUGUAUCGCGUUUGCACAUCGCUGAUCAUUUCAUCGACUACCAAUCUUCACUCUUUGAGAGGAGGGGAAAAAAAAGAAGUAAAGGUAGGAAAAUGGCAAGCAAUCAAAAGCCCCUCCGCAUUUUGAUUGCAGGCGCGGGUAUUGCGGGGUUAGCAACCGCUAUAUCGCUUGUGCGUAUAUCCGGGAUCGUGAAUCUAGAUAUCCAGCUAUAUGAGCAAGCCACAGAGCUGCGAGAGAUUGGAGCCAGCAUUGCCCUUAGUCCUAAUGGCUUGCGGACGCUAGAAAAACUUGGUAUUGACGAGGCUUUAGGCGAUGAGAUUGGGUUCAGAGGACCAAGUGGAAUACCUCAAAUAUACAGGCAUUGGAAGACGAAUCAGGUAGUAUCAGUAGAUACUUUUGCCAAUGUUCCUGAUCGUCGCCACCAGACGGCGAGAUUCCACAGAGGACAUAUCCAUACCGCCUUGUUUGAGCAUGUCCCUAAAGAAUGGAUUCAUCUCAAAAAGAAAAUAUCUCGCGCAGAAAGUAAUAAUGAUGGUGUGGUGCUCCAUUUUGAGGAUGGCUCCAGUGCCUAUGGGGACAUUUUAAUAGGAGCAGAUGGAAUUCGAUCACAAGUCAGAGCUUCCUUUUUUCCUGAUUAUAAACUGCGAUUCAGUGGGAAAGUAUUUAUGAGAUCUACAUUUGACGCAUCUCUAGUGGAGGGCAAAGUUCCCGACUUGCCAGCUGAUGCUGCCCACUGGUGGGGAACAACAGACUCCUUCUUUUCUUCUAGACUUGGCAGGGGAUUAUAUACAGUUGUUGGUGCAUAUGACGACGGGCGUAGUGCAGAAGAGUUGGAAAAGUCUAUUACGUGGGACCAAGUCGGUAAUGUCCAAUUCUUGAGAGAAAAAUACAAAGACUGGCAUCCUGUUAUUAAAGCUCUAACAGAACUGACGCCCUACGCUCGCCUUUACCCCAAUUAUGCUGGAGAAUCUCUCCAGACGUGGGUGCCAGUUGCACGAGUCACCCUAGUAGGCGAUGCGGCGCACACUCAUGGAGGCUCGUUUGCUGCAGGUGGCUCACUAGCUCUCGAUGAUUCUCUUGCCCUUGGGUUAGCCUUCAAACAUGCUUUCCCUUAUGGUGGCUUUUCAUUUCCGCAAGAAAAUAUUCAACAGGCAUUGGCACUCUAUGACCAAACACGAAGACCUCACACGGCACGUUUAUUGAGCAUUGUUCACAGCUUGAUGAAUCGUAAAGUUCCAACUUUUGCGACGCCGGAAGAGGAAGACGAAGCUCUCAGAACAAGAAUGAAGAGCAGACCUGAUCUCUUGUGGCUAUCCGAGCAUGACGUUGAAGAAGCGUUUAAUCAAGUGGUAGGAGAGAGUGAGAAACGCAAUUUAGAAGCUCAGCGCACGAAGGGGGCCGCGCAACUGUGCCACGGGGCAGAGAAUGCUGUUGCAUCACCUACCUUUGAAAGCAAGCUAUAGCUUUCAAUAGGCUGAGAAAGUAACCUGGUAG